AUGGGAGAACUACGCAGACACAAACCCAAUCUUCUAAUUACGGGCACUCCAGGUUGUGGUAAAUCUACCACAUGUGAAUUAUUACAACGUAAUCUUCCUGGUUACAAAUACUACGAUAUUUCUAGUUUUGCGAAAGAACAUAAUUGUUAUGACGGUUAUGAUGAAGGACGUAAGUCACAUAUUGUCGAUGAGGACAAAUUACUCGAUGAGUUGGAACCUCUAUUAGCUGGUGGUGGUAGUAUUGUAGAUUGGCAUGUAAAUGAUGUGUUCCCAGAGAGAUUAAUAGACCUGGUGGUGGUAUUAAGAUGUGAUAACUCAACUCUAUAUGAUAGACUAAAUAAGAGGGGAUACCAUGACUCCAAGAUUCAAGAAAACUUAGAUGCAGAAAUUAUGGGCGUAUUGUUACAAGAUGCAAUGGAAUCAUAUGAACAAGAAAUUGUUGUUGAAUUACAAAGUAAUAACACCAAGGAGAUGGAAGCCAAUGUAGAUAGGAUAACAGCUUGGGAAAAUAUGUGGUUAGAAGAACACAAGGAUGGAGUAUCUAGUGAACCGCCAAAACAAGGUCACAAGACAACAACAGAUGAUAGUGAAGAAGAAGUAGAAGAAGAGGAAAAAAAUGAGGAGGAGAAGGAUGAAAGUUCAGUCAGUUCAUCUGGAGAUGAGGAAAAUGAAUAA